CGUCCCAUCAGUUUUCGAGCAGCUGGCAAUAUUAUUAUAUUUCAUACUGAAUGUGAAGGCAGUGCGUGGUGCAUGAUGCGCAAUGUCCAGGAAACAAACAAUUCUUUUAACGAUCAAAUUAAAUGUUCAACACUUCAAGGUCCAACGGUGUAUUAAAACCUACUCACAUUGGGAAAAAUGAUUACGGAUUUAUAAUAAUUAGAGCAUUUGGAGGUUACAUUUGGUCGAGAAAUUGACAACAUGCUACAAAACUAGGAGUUAAACGAUUCAUGAGCGGCCCAGGAUUAAUUGUAUACAUGUUUUAUUUUAUGUUUAUUUUAAUUCUGUAUUUGCAAUUAAAAAAAACAAACAACAACCCAUAAAUGUUAAUCUGUUACGAUCUGAAAAAAAAAUUCAAAAAUCGAAAAACAGCACGCUCCUGCUUUGUUUGGUACUAUGACGUAAUGACGCAACCUCCAUGUCAGCGUAAAGGCACCCGUUUUAUAUCUGCGGAGGUGCCGCCUGGAAAGGCGGGGCGUUUGUUUCAUAUUUAUGUUAAAAAGUACGCCUAACACUGUGCACUCAAAUGAUAUUUUCUAAUUUCAACAUGUACAUUGUUUCACCUAGAUUGGUUCUAAAGCCGGUGAUUACUUUUGAUGUAACUUUUAUGAAUGGGUGCUUCAAUGAAAUACCAUGUUUAUAAAUAUAGACUUCUGGAUAUUCGUCUUUAUAAGUGAUCCGCAUAAACCUGAUUGUCCCGUGUUAUUCAUUGAAAGAGCACAAUAUUUUGCAGCGACUACUUGUUGACCAAUCAAAUGGCCUCACCUCCCGUGUCCUGGACGUUUCCUCUCCGGCAGAUUGGGUGACGCAAAUCGAGCCGCCUUGUCCGUUGGAGGCUGGCGCAGGAACUCGCGGAGCGGAGCGGUUGGGAAAGAUGGACACCCGGCGGGACGUUCGAACUUCCCAACGACACGGGAGCGCCAGGUCGCCGUUACCGGCCGGUUCCGCCACGGACAUGGAGAUUAAACGCAAGAGGAUUCGACACAGUGCCGUAUUCCUGCAAACAGAGAACACCAACUUGCAAGGAAAGCUUGACUUUGAGGUGCGGAUGCGAGAGGGAGCCUAUAAGCUGCUGCUUGCCUGCAGUAAGAGAGAGCAGGUUCUUAAUGCCUCCAAGAACCUACUGACUUGCAACGCCAGGAUUAAGGCGUAUGUCACUCAUCUGCAGAGGACAUCACAGGAGCGACACAUGAUGGGAGCAGUCGGGAGAUUUUCUGAUCCAGUUUCAGAAGACCGUGUGCCCUGUAAUGGGACAAUUGCAAUGUCUGGGCUGCGUAUUCCUUUGAUGUGGAGGGAUUCAGACCACUUUAACAACAGAGGAAGCUCCCGUCGAGUGGCCAUGUUCUGUCUGAUGCAGAUUGGCUCUGAGGUGUUUGACACAGAGAUGGUGGUGGUAGACAGAUCAGUCACUGACAUCUGCUUUGAGGGACUCACCAUCUUUAAAGAAGCAGUUCCUCAAUUUGAGCUGAAGAUGGAGCUGUGGAGCUGUGCCCUGGAGGAAGAGCUCACCUUAGUGAACACGCCAAAGAAGCUGGCCAAGAAGCUCCGCAACUCCUUUGGAAAAACUGCUGGGAGGAAGCUCUGCCCUCUGCUGGACACUCAAGACCCUGACACCUUCCUGCAGCACAACCCCAUCCCCUCUGGAGCCAAGUACAGCCUGCUGGCCUACACGACUCUGCGUCUGCCCGAGGCUGAAGGCAGCUUUCAGUCUCACUCCCUCAUUGUCCUCCAAGACGCUGAGUGGUCAACUUGGCUCCCACUUUACGGUAACCUCUGCUGCCGUUUGGUGGCCCAGCCUGCCUGUAUGACACAGAGCAUGAUGAACGGCUACCUGAAUCAGAAGCAAAGUGUGGAGGGGAUGAGCCGCUGCUGUAGUUUUUACUGUGUCUUGAGUGCUGGCAGUUUGUCGUGUUACUUCACCCCAGAAGAAAUUGAUGCUAAAUUGGAGCCCACUCUCAACAUACCCAUCAAUAAGGACACCCGGAUCCGUUUGAUAGAGAAGGAGUCAGCAGGCCAGAAAUCCAGGAGUCUGUCUGUCAUCAACCCUUCACCUGAGGGAUAUGAGACCGUUGUCUUCACCACAGACACCAGGGAGGAACUGGAGGACUGGUUUGAUGCCCUCCACCAACAUGUCUAUGAUCAGAGCCAGUGGCUGCAGUGCUGUAACCACUUAAUGAAGAUCGAGGUCGCAUCACCACGGAAACCAUCACUCUUCCUCACCAAGCAGGCUGACUCUGUUUACAACGACCUCAGUAUAAAUUCACCGGGCAAGUUUGUGAGCAUCACAGAUGUUAUCCACAACAAAAUAGAGGAGACAGAUGGCCACUUUCUGAUUGGUGAUGAAGAGGAGAAGGACGUGCCAAAUUGGUCCACUUUGUUUGAUGGAUCCCAAUCAAUGGUAGUGCAGAGGAGUAUUCUGUCCCAGAGCAAAACCUCCACCCCUUAUUCAAGCCCCAACCCCAACCCAAACUCCAGCACCAGCUCUACUCCCAUGAGCAACAAGAAGCGGCGUGCCCCGCCGCCCCCUCCUAACAGAGAGCCUUAUGCUCCUCCCGCCCGUCCAGCCAGACCUCCCCUUCCUGCUUCCCUUCAUCCUCCUCCUUAUCCUCUUCUCUCAUAUCAGGAGAAGGAGAACUCCGGCACUUGCGCUUCACGGCCGGCCACAAGGUCCAAAACUGGUAGACCAUCUCUGGACGCCAAGUUUUCUGCCAUCAUCCAGCAGCUCCAGCGGAACAACACCGGAGGAGCUGCGGCCCUCAGUCGGAAAAAUGCUCCACUGGGUGUCCUCGAUAUACAACCGCAAGGUCAGCCUCAGCCCCCUCUCCAGCAGCUGGAGCACCAGAACCACCACACCCAGCAUCCUGAAACCACAGCUGAAAAUGGUUUUGUCAGACCCAAUCACGGUCCUGUUCCUGCAACAAGGAGCAAAUUAAGGAAGUCUUUCAGAGAGAGGAUGAACUUUAAAGCCCUGUGACCGUGACCUCCGACAGAAUCUGGAUUUAACCAACUAAUUUACUGCUAAUAGAGAGAAUUUCAAAGACUAACUGUUGCUGAACUUUUCAACUGAACUUGGUAACAUUGGUAAAAUCACAAUGACUGUAACUUAAUAGCGAUACUGUGAUAAUAUUUUGGGCAUGUUUGAGUGGUCCUUUGAUAACAACGGGGUAGUUUAACAAUACCAAACUAAUAACUGUACUCUAAAUUUGAUGCUAAUGCCACGAGAGGGCAUGCUUAGCUUAGUCUAGUUGAACGUACAGUAACAACUGGAAAUGGGCUGGAACAGCUAGCCUGGCUCUGAUGAUGCAUUUCAAAAACUGUCCUCCAGCAACUCCGAAGCUCACACAUUAACAUGUUGUAGCUUGUUUGUUAAAGUGAUAUAAAAAAAGGACUAUGUUUUAUGGGAGAUUAAGUGGCAGACUAUUUCUUGGCAGAGAGCAGUCCAGUCUUGUCAUCACCGAAUGACUCUUACCAUCUAACCCAUUCCAGGAAGUCAUUGUUCCCUGCCAAGAAAUGUAUUUAAUUGAAACGCCUUUAAACUUUUUGUUUUGUGCAAAUUAAACCAGCAAAAUGCAACUUGUUCAACAGUGAUCUUAAGACAUGCUGGUAGGUGCAUUGUUCACUUUUUAACAGUCAGGCUAGCUGUUUCUCCUGCUUUCUGUCUUUGUGCUAAGAUAAGAUAUCCAUCUCCGGCUUUAUAUUGAGGAGAUAGAUGUGAUCAGUGUGGUAUCAAUCUUCUCAUCUGAUCUUCCAUAACAAAAUGAAUCGGCAAACUAUUGCUUUCACCUGAAGGAUGGGGGGGUGAUGUGGUGUCUUAACAAGCAUCCCCAAAACGUCCAUCAUGACAUCCCAAAUCCCAGUUCACACCUCGUAUCACAAUAUCAAUAUUGCAUCGAUACAUCUCCAGCUCGUCCCUCCAUUUAAACGUUUUCAUGUUCAGCUAACCCACAGAUGAAAUUGGAAACGAUGUAUGUUGGUUUGAGCACCACCAUCAUCAAUCCCACUAAAAUGGAAAGGCUUAUUUCUCAGCUCUGCCACUGGAACAUGGACUGAAGAAAGAGCCUUUGCAAAAGCACUCAAAAUGGAAUUGAUCCACUGGCCAACUGUAGAGGAGUCGUUCCUUUUGGAACUUUUGUCUUACUGAAAAUGGAUUGUACAAAAGGAGUGUGUUCAAAUGUCUCCUAAUGGCAUUUUACUAUUAAAUGAGUCACUUUUAUGUUAAACAGUACAUAACUGGAAAGUUAAGGGAACGUUGUAGAUAAGACCUCACAGCAUCAGUGGUCUGUUUACAGAUGCUGAUGUGGUUAGACCUCCGGCUGUAGGAUUAUGGCUAAAUCAUCUCAGCGAUCUUAUUACAAACUGCAUCUCAGCCAUUUCAGUUUGACUAAAGCCAGAGAAGAAAAACACAAUAAAUAACAUGACAUUAUGCCGUUAAGAGUGAAAACUAACAUUUGUUCAUGUUUUGUGGAAAUUACCUGUGUGGCCCUGGAGACUCAUUUUUUUUGUAGGCAACGUUUCCUCUGCUAACAUUAGGGUUGAGGAAAAGCAUGUGAUCUCAUGAGUCAGAAAUGUACAAAUGAUUUAUGACCUAACAAGAACAUUCCCACUUUGAUCUGAGGUAAACUAAUGAGCCACACUUAUAUUUGAUGUGUUUUUUAAAAAUGUCUUUUAAUUUCUCAAUCAAUUGCAGCUGCAGGAGUAAUUUGUAUUGUUUGAUUGAAAAUGUAAUUCCUUUGUAGUAUAAUAAUCCAUGUCAUCUCAGUUUUUCUGUAAGCACAUUAAUUAUUUAGACCUUAAGUGGACCAGUUCUUACAUACUAGUAAGCAGUGAUAUUAUAUAUUAAUCUUAUGUAUAAUUUGUGACCAGUGCAAUGU